CCGAAACUGCUGGAGAAAGGGCGGACCUACAGAGCGCUUCAUCCCCUACCCCUCACUGCUGGUUUUGCUCCGCACCAUGAACCACACUUCUCAAGCCUUUGUGACUGCUGCCAAUGGGGGACAUCCCCCGAACUAUGAAAGAAUCAAGGAAGAAUAUGAGGUGGCUGAGCUGGGGGCACCCCAUGGCUCAACUUCUGUCAGAACCACCGUGAUCAACAUGCCCAGAGAGGUCGCUGUGCCUGACCAUGUGGUAUGGUCCCUCUUCAACGCACUCUUCCUGAACUUCUGCUGCCUGGGUUUUAUUGCCUAUGCCUACUCUGUGAAGUCCAGGGACAGGAAGAUGGUGGGCGACGUGACUGGAGCCCAGGCCUACGCCUCCACUGCCAAGUGCCUCAACAUCAGCGCCCUGGUCCUCAGCAUCCUCACGGUUGUUAUUACCGUCGUGGCUGUCCUCUGCAUUGUUUUUUCUGCUAGUCGCCUUUACACUUAACAGAGGAUUCUGGCUUUCGGUCCUGACAUGUACUCCACCAUCCAAAGCUGUCUCUUCUCCCUGGCCCCUUUACCCCUUGCCAUAUACAGAUGUAACACAUACCUGUCCAUAGUGGAUUCAAUAAAGUGCACAUGGUAACCAC